AAUAGCAUUUUAUUUUUUUGCAUUAAUUUACUUUGGCAAAAGAAAAGUGCUUAAAUAGGAUUAAGGCCAAGUGCAACGCGUGUGCGAUAAGUGAAGCCACCCAAAACUGCAAUAAGUGCAACUGUGCGUAAAGCAGAAGAACUCACGUCAAUACCAGCUGCAACAGCAGCAGCAGCAACAACAACAGUAAUCAUAGAGCAUCGCAUUGUUGUUAUAAUUUGGCGUGGCCUACGUGAUAAAUAUGCCCGUAGUCAUAGUCCAAUUACUAUAAAUGUGUUUUUGUGAAAUUGGUAAAAUUCUGAAGCUAACGCUGAGCUGGUCAAUAUGAUUUAAGCAAGCUUGAAUAUGCAAAAUUUAUCUGUGACAACAGCAGCGCGCUGCGCCACUUGUGGCACUACAAAUCAGCUGCUGCGCUGCGCCAAGUGCAAGAGCGUCUAUUACUGCUCCACAGCGCAUCAGCACAUGGACUGGCCUGCCCAUCGGCACGACUGUCGUCUGUUGACGCGACAAAAACAAAACAACAACAACAACACCAACAGUAGCCAUAAAAUGCAGCAACUGCAAAAGGCGGUGGCUGCCACAACGCUGGACGUAAUAGGCGGUGCCAACUGCUCCACUGCACAAAUGAUGACGCCCGCAGCUCAGGCGCAUAGCUGGUCCCACGAACUGCAUCAGCCGACGACGGCGCAGCACGCCGGGCUUAACCAGCAGCAUCAUCCACAGCAGCAGCAUAACCAUCACCAUCAUAAUCAUCAGCAGCAUGGCGAAAAGAGCUCCAGCUAUCAAAUUGGCCAGGCCGAUGCUUGCUUCAUGGGCAGUGGCAGUGAGCGUCGCUAUGAGGAUCUGUGCCGUAACAUUAUCAACGAUAUGAAUCAGUACGGACUCUCUGUUGUGGAUGACUUUCUGGGUGUGGAAAAGGGACUGAAAAUAUUAAAUGAAGUGCGCAGCAUGUACAAUGCGGGCGCCUUCCAAGAUGGUCAACUGGUCAGCAAUAUGAAGACCGAUGCGCAAUUAUCGGUGGUCAGCGAUAAGAUUCGUGGUGAUAAAAUCAAAUGGGUUGGUGGCGAUGAGCCGGGCUGCAGCAAUGUCGCUCAUCUGACUAAUCAGAUUGACUCUGUGGUGUAUCGCGUUAAUACUAUGAAGGACAAUGGCAUAUUGGGCAAUUAUCAUAUUAAAGAGCGUACGAGAGCUAUGGUCGCUUGCUAUCCUGGCUCCGGCACACACUAUGUUAUGCAUGUGGACAAUCCCACGAAGGAUGGCCGCGUCAUUACUGCCAUAUACUACCUGAAUAUUGACUGGGAUGCGCGAGAAAGCGGCGGCAUAUUGCGCAUACGUCCCACGCCCGGCACAACAGUUGCCGAUAUUGAGCCCAAGUUUGAUCGCCUCAUAUUCUUCUGGUCGGACAUACGUAAUCCACAUGAAGUGCAGCCUGCGCAUCGUACCCGCUAUGCCAUUACCGUUUGGUAUUUUGAUGCCAAGGAGCGCGAGGAGGCGCUAAAUCGCGCUAAGCUGGACAGCAAGACAAACAACAUGAGUUCAAUAACGCAGCAGGCAGAGCCUGAUUCUACGACCACACCCGCAGCUACACCCACAUACACGUCGCUACCCGAGGCAACGGCAUCAGGAAGCACUGCGAACCAGUUACCAGCCUACACACCUGCUAGCAUGUCCACUGGAACGGGAACAGGCACGGGCACGGGUGCUGUGGCAAGCAGCUCCUGCGCCGCCAGCAACGAGAUUUGCACGUAGCCCUUGUGUGCUCACCCAUCAAUGGCACUGUGUAUAUUGCGAUAGCUUAUGGGCAAACCAAAAAGAAUACCAACAAUUGUAAAAAGCUAGUUAAAAUCUAUUUAUGUAUAUGAUGUAUGUAAACAUGAAAAUGUUAUUUAUAGUCCGGCAACAGGCGCAGAGUCUGAAGCAAAUGAAAGCCUAAUCUAUAACAAAUGUGAAUCAAAGCUCCUUUAGUUAUUAAGUACUUUAGUUUGCCGCUAAGUCGUAUGUUUAACUUUCAGUUAAUCGCCUUCAAGUUGUGUUAUUAUUAUUUCCAUUUAUAUUUUCAACCUAUUUUUAGUUUUAAAUGUCCUUUGUUUUGCUUAGCUGCCGAAGUAUUAUAGCUAACAAGUAGCAACAUAACCGCAAAUUUAUGGAAUUUCAAAUAUGUAAAGCAUUAUAGCAAUGAAUCAAAAAUGUUGUGAUCUUAUUUCAUACCCCUACCCAUACACGCUCUCCUCAUUCACUUUAACUACUCUCAAGCACAUAGUUAGAAGAAAUUAUUUAAAACAAAACAAUCUCUGCUAAGCCUGAAGAGUGUGUAAGCUAAAUCACAUGCUAUAUAUGUAUAGAUAUA